CCACUGCUGCUUACCGCCACUACCAGCGAUCCAGGGCCUGGUCAAGACAACUAUUUUUUUUUUAGGUACCCGAGGCUACCCUACAGUACUCUCUGGCAUUGGAAGACUUCUGGCUGUGGCCUAUGGGCCUCUGAGGAGGCAUAAAUCCACCAAGCUUCCCACUUGCUGUGUUCCCACUCAAUGGGAAGGGAACCAAGGCCUUGUCUAGCCAUCAGCCACAGGCUCCCCACAGCAUCAAGAUGGAAGUCAAAGGUCAGCUGAUCAGCUCUCCUACCUUCAAUGCCCCAGCUGCCCUGUUUGGAGAGGCUGUGCCCCAGGUGAAGUCAGACCGUCUGCGGGUGCUACUUGACCGGCAGCGGGCUCUGCAGGAGGCACUGAGCCUGAAACUUCAGGAGCUCAGAAAAGUUUGUCUCCAGGAGGCGGAGCUCACUGGCCACUUGCCCCCCGAGUGCCCGCUGGAGCCUGGUGAACAUCCUCAUUUGAUCCGCCGGCGGCCCCCUGUAGCCCGUGCCUACCCUCCACCACAUCCUAACCCAGCACACCACUCCUUGUGCCCUGCUGAGGAGCUGGCUCUUGAGGCCCUGGAGCGGGAGGUGUCAGUGCAGCAGCAGAUCACUGCAGCUGCUCGUCGCUUGGCCUUGGCCCCUGAGCUGAGUGCUGAGCAGCGCCGGCGCCGGCGCCAGGUGCAGGCAGAUGCUCUGCAGAGGCUGCAUGAGCUAGAGGAGCAGCUUGGAGAUGUCCGGGCCCACCUUGGCCUCCCAGUGCUUCCACCCCAGCCACUGCCACUGUCCUCGGGAGCACUCAUCACCACGCAGGGAGUCUGCCUAGGCACGCGCCUCACUCAACUCAGCCAAGAAGAUGUAGUCCUGCACUCGGAGAGCAGCUCCCUCUCAGAAUCUGGAGCUAGCCAUGACAAUGAGGAGCCCCGUGGCUGCUUCUCUCUGGCCGAGCGCCCCUCACCACCCAAGGCAUGGGACCAGCUUCGGGCAGUAUCUGGGGGGAGCCCUGAGAGGCGAACCCCGUGGAAACCACCCCCGUCGGAUCUUUAUGGGGAUUUGAAGAGCAGGCGGAACUCUGUGGCCAGCCCUACCAGCCCCACCCGCUCGCUGCCCAGGAGUGCCUCCAGUUUUGAGGGGCGAAGUGUGCCUGCCACCCCUGUCCUCACCCGGGGCACUGGCCCCCAGCUGUGCAAACCCGAAGGCCUCCAUUCUCGCCAGUGGUCCGGCAGUCAAGACUCCCAGAUGGGCUUCCCCUGGGCCGACCCUGCCUCUGAUCGUGCCUCCCUCUUCGCAGCUCGCACUCGCCGCAGUAACAGCUCUGAGGCCUUGCUGGUGGACCGGGCAGCCGGUGGGGGAGCUGGUUCCCCACCUGCCCCUCUGGCUCCCCCUGCCACUGGCCCCCCAGUCUGCAAAAGCAGUGAAGUGCUAUAUGAGCGCCCCCAGCCACCCCCUGCCUUCUCCUCCCGCACAGCUGGCCCCCUAGAUCCUCCCCGGGUCACCCGGCCUAGUUCAGCUGCCCCUGUCUCCCGUGGGGCCCCCAGGCUGCCACCUGUGUAUGGGGACUUCCUUUUGGACUAUUCGUUGGACCGGGGCCUGCCCCGAAGUGGCGGUGGGGCAGGCUGGGGGGAACUGCUGCCUGCAGCUGAGGCCCCAGGACCCCUCUCCCGUCGGGAUGGGUUCCUCGCCAUGCUCCCUGGCCCACCACCCGUAUAUGCAGCUGACAGCAGCAGCCCCCUCCUCCGCAGCAAGGACCCCCACACCCGUGCUACCCGUACCAAGCCUUGUGGCUUGCCCUCAGAAGCUGUUGAGGGCCUGGAGGUGCAUCCAAACCCUCUUCUCUGGAUGCCCCCACCCACCCGUAUACCCCCGGCUGGUGAGCGCAGCGGCCACAAGAACCUUGCCCUGGAGGGGCUGCGGGACUGGUACAUCCGGAACUCGGGACUGGCCAUGGGGCCCCAGCGCCGACCUGUGCUGCCACAUGUGGGCCCACCACACCCGCCCUUCCUCCAUGCCCGCUGCUAUGAGGUGGGCCAGGCACUAUAUGGGGCGCCCAGCCAGGCGCCGCUCCCGCACUCGAGGAGUUUCACGGCACCCCCUGUCUCCGGCAGAUACUACGCGGACUUCCUGUACCCCCCGGAGCUGAGCGCUCGCUUAAGCGACCUGACGCUAGAGGGGGAGAAGUCUUCCAGUUCUGACCCCCAAACCCCAGGGACACUGGUUUGACUCUUUCUGAUAUGCCCCUUGCUGGCCUGGGCAUGACUCCACCCUGAGGAGCCCAUAGGCGAACUUGCUGAGCUGCUCUGGGAUGUGGUUGCUCUCAUUCCUGGGGGAUGCCAGCCUGAUCUUCCAAGGCCCAUGGCUCCCUGUGGGCCCAGGAAGGUGUCUGAUACCUUGCUUCUCUCUCAUACUGUGCUGGGGACGGGGGGGCCUCAGUCAGCUUCAGAGAGGGGGGGAUAAUGUCAUGGGGACUCAGCCCCUUCCUACAUUUCUGUUUACAGUUGUGAUUUAGUAUUCAUUGUCUUCACCCAACAUUAGGCGUUUUAUAAAAGGGAAACUGAGUUCAUCCUGGUUGGGUUCAUUCCUGUCCCCAUGCCCAGCCUAUCCCAUGAAAUAGACCAUACAGAGUCUCGGGGCCCUGUUGAGGGUUACCGGGAGACUGGUAUGAGCAGAACUCCCUGCCAUCUUCCAUUAAGGGAGUUCUUGUGCAGGUGGGCUCUCUGCUCACCUUUGGAUGGAUUGAGUGUGGAUGAGAUGCCUGAAGGAGCCCCUGUCCUUGUCUGUGCCCUCAGCCUGUGUGUCCACCAUCCCCAAUCAGGAGGCUGCAGGUUGGAAAGGGGUAGAGCCAUCAGGUGUGUUACAUUCUGGGAUGCUGUGGUGGUUGAACCUGGCAUCUGGUAGAUGUCAGUAAAAUCCUCAGGUGACGUCUGGCCAUGGGCCACAGCCCACGUCACAUCUUCUUUAGCUUUCCUUCCAUUCACCACUUUUUAAACAACUCUACAAACUGUGUUUUCUAUGAUACAUAUCUGUGACUUUCUGGAGCUGGGGGUUCCCCUACCCCAUUUACCUGGUGUUAAACUUUUCUUUUUGUACCAAUGGAUCUGGGCCCAAGACACUACCCACACUGGAAGGGGAUUUCUAUAAUAAAUGUGUAAAC